AUGUUGUCUAAAAACUCGUAUACUGGUAGAAGUAAACGUUCGGAUAGUACUAAAAGUAAUACUACUACAACAUCAUUUAUUUCUUCUGAUUUUGGACCCUCAGUAAAUACUUCAUUAGCUAGUGAAGUUUCUAUUUCAACUUUAAAAUGUGAACAAGAUGAAAUACCUUUUGCUUUUUACAAUAAAAAUACAAGAACUUUUACAAUUGAUUUUAAAAAACAAAAAUCUUUAGCUGAUGAAAUUGUAAAAUAUACCAAAAAAAGAAAUAUUAAAUCUUUUGUUACUCUUCAACUUGGAAAUAAUGAAAACAUUAAAGUUACAUCACUUUUACUUUCACAUGCCUCAUCAUUGAUUGAAAGAAUUCUUUUGAAGAAAAAAGAUAAAGUUUGUUGUAUUAAUGCAAAAUUAUUUAGUCCAAGUCAUGUAAAAAAUAUUAUCAAUUUUUUGAAAACAGGAAAAAUUGUAUUUAAAAUGGAGGAUCUUCCUCAGUUAUUUGCUAUCCUUCAUAGAUUUGAAAUGAGUUCAAUUUGUGCACUUUUUGAAGCUAGUUUACUUUCUUGUGUCAAUUCUCAUAAGUCCCUUUUAACAACUAUGCUCAACUUUAUUUCAGACAGUAAAAAUUUAAUAUCAACAAAUGCAAAAGCAAAACUUUUAGAAAUGGUUAAUUAUCGUUUUAAUGAUUUCAUUCUUGGACAGCACUUUUUUGAUUUAGCACCAUCUGCUUUAAUUUUGGUUUUAUCUUCUGAUAUGUUGAAAAUUAGAAAUGAAAUAGAUAUUAUGAGAAUUGCUGUAAUUUUUAUGGAUAAAGUUGAUUGCUUUGGUUAUGCUGAUUCUAUUUUUAAUUGUAUUCGAUUUAACUAUUGUAAUCAAGAAAUGUUACAAAGUAUGAAGAAUGAAUUAAUUAAAUAUGGAAAUAAACAUUUAUUAUUUGUAUUUGAUUGUUUUAAUCCAGAUCUUGAUCAAUCAUUAAUUAAGCAUAUGAAACAACCACCAAAACAUGUAUUUCAAAAAAAUCUUAAUUAUUUAGUAAAAAGAGAUAAUGGAAUAAAAAAUUUAUCAUCAUUCUCAAAUUCCUUAGCUCAAAUGAUGGAUGGAUUAAUUUCUGAAGCUACUAAAGAAAGAAAUGAUGCUUUAAAAGUUUCUGGAAUACAAAAUUCUAAAAAAAAUUUUGAUAAUUCUUUGAAACCACCACAAAAGUUUAAAAUAAUGCCUGGAACACCAAAGUCACUGAAAAAGUUAAGAAAAUCAAAAUUAAAUGAUGUAGAAAAAAAACCAACAAAUUUUCAGCAAAAUAGUUUUGUUGAAUCUUUAACAUCAAAUCCAUACAAAACUUUGCCAAACUACAAUCAUCGUCUUUUUUCUGCUGAUUCAAUAUUCGACAUCAACAAACAUCAAAAUGCUUUUGACUAUAAUUUUAAUGGAGAUUUACUUAGUCAACCAUUCCCUCAUUUCAAAAAUGAAAAUAUUCAAAAAUCAUCAAUAGAAAAGAAUCCAUAUUAUUAUGCUUUUAAGGAUAGAGAACAAAGAAAAUUUACACCAGAAUCAUUUUACGAAAUAAAAUGUUUAACCAAAAAAUUUACAGAUAAUGACAAUAGAUCAAAUACAUCAAAAAGUUUUAGUUCACAAAAAAGUGGAAAACAAAAUUUAUCUUUGAAUAGUACACAAUAUUCCUCUAAAAGUACCAAAACUCCCGUCUCUUUUGUUGGUAAAAGUUUUAAAGUUCAACUUCCUCAAUACAAUGAAUAUUUAAAUUGA